AUGACCAUACUGCGUGAUUCAAACACAAGCGUUACCACCUUUGCAGAUGUCACAGAGAAAGUUGGUGAUCUACUUAUAAGUGCCGCACUCGAUAUUCUACCAACUGAGAAGAUUAGCGUGGUUAGCCCCACCGGUGCUGAGUAUCAAGGCGUCCGUGAAGCUCAAGAAGUAUGUGCUGUGAGUAUUCUUCGAGCAGGAGCAAGCUUAGAGAAUGCAAUGAGACGUGGAUACACUGGACGUUUGAGUUUUGGCAAGAUAUUGAUCCAACGGGAUGAGUCUACCGGUCUUCCGACACUCUAUUACUCCAAAUUUCCGACAGAUAUUGAGUCAAAGAUUGUCAUAAUUCUCGAACCGAUGCUGGCAACCGGGGGCUCAGCCUGUAAAGCUAUUGAAACCAUCAAGGCAAAAGGUGUACCCGAAGAAAAUAUUAUUUUUGUCAAUAUUUUGGCUUCACGCUGCGGGUUCAAGAAACUAUUUGAGAAGUUCCCCUCUAUUCAUCUGGUGACAGCUGCUGUGGAUGAACAUCUUACGCCUUCAUAUCAUAUUAGCCCAGGUCUAGGGGACUUUGGGGAUCGGUUUUAUGGGACGAAUGAAUGA